AUGAUUGGAAGCCCCCCACCAACAUGUUGGUUGAAACUAAAUGUGGAUGGCACUGUUUUUGGUGAACUUCAUAAGGCAGGGGUGGGCGUGAUUCUCAGAGAUGAAGCUGGUAAGGUGAUUUUGGCAGCAAGCAAGGUUGAAUUUGAAGUGAAUAAGACUGAAGCUAUUGAAAUGCUGGCUAUUUUCCGUGCUUUACAGUUGUGUACUAGUAUGGGGAUCCAUAGAUUGAUUAUGGAAUUAGAUUGCUUGAUGGAUAUCCAAGUGCUCAACAAUGAACUUGUUUCUGACGCAAUGUUAACUCCAUUUGUGAGUGAAAUAAGAAAGGUGUUAAGAGUGUUUGUGGAGUGCAAAUUUCAACAUGUCUAUAGAGAAGGUAAUCAGGUUGCUCAUAUUCUUGCCCGAUAUGCUUGGAACGUUGAGAAUAUCUCAAUAUGGAAUGAGUGUUAUCCUGAAUUUAUUUCUCAGGCUGUUUGGCUUGAUUAA